AUGUCGUUGUCUUUGACAUGUUACUUACGACCUUCUCACUUUCUUUCUCUUUCCCUCCAUUCACGUAACCGUUUCCGUCCCUCUUUCUCUCCUCUCCGUUACCCCUCAAACCCUACAAAUUCUCGUCCCCCCUUUCUUGUUCUCGCUGCUUCAACUCAAUCCUUCGACGACUUCACCUCCAAGAAAUCAGCACUUUCGGAAUUGAUACAAGAGAUUGAACCUCUAGAUGUGAGUCAUAUACAGAAAGAUGUUCCACCAACUACAGCAGACGCAAUGAAAAGGACUAUUUCUGGUAUGCUUGGCCUGCUUCCAUCUGAUCAAUUUCAUGUCGUCAUUGAGGCAUUAUGGAAACCGCUCUCGAAGUUACUUAUUUCUUCAAUGAUGACUGGGUAUACAUUGCGCAAUGCUGAAUAUAGGCUUUGUCUGGAGAAAACUCUUGAUAUGUGCGAUAGAGAUCUAGAGAAGCCGAAGGCAGAAAGUACUAAGUUCGAUUUACGAGAGCUGCUACGUGACAGUGUAAAUGUAAUUGACUUCAGUAGAAAGAAUAAUUUGUCUUCCAAAGUUCAAAAGCUUCAUGAGGACGUUGACAUUCAAGACCUUGGUCAAAUAUCUGCAGAAGCUCAAGAAUAUAUUUCCAAUCUGCAAUCUCGUUUGUCUUCCAUGAAAAAGGAGCUACGUGAAGUGAAAAGGAAGAGUGCUGCUCUUCAAAUGCAACAGUUUGUUGGAGAAGAAAAGAAUGAUUUACUGGAUUACUUGAGAUCGCUUCAACCUGAACAGGUAGCUCAACUAUCAGAAUUUACAUCCCCUGAGCUUAAGGACAUCAUCUUAUCUGUUGUCCACGGUCUCCUUGCUACCCUUUCUCCUAAGAUGCAUUCGAAACCGUCAACUAUGUCAGAGAAUGCAACAGUUGGAGCAACAAAUGUUGGGAGUGAGGAUUGUGCUGAGGUUGAGAACUCUUCACUUCAAUUUCAGCCUUUUAUUUCAUUAACUCGGGACUAUCUUGCCCGCCUGCUCUUUUGGUGCAUGCUGUUGGGACACUAUCUUAGAGGCCUUGAGUAUCGAAUAGAGUUGACAGAACUGCUAUCCUUGACAAGUGAUGCAGAGAAUGGCUCUUCUGGGAACGAACAAAUUGCUUGAAUGCUGUUCAAAUUUAGGCGGCUCAAUCUAUGUAUAGAGGCAUGGUUUCAAAAUGACUUUUCCAUUCAACACUAAGAGAUUAUGAUACACACAAAAUGCUUGUCGUUUCUGCUCAGGAGAUACCACUGCUUGCAGAAGAAUAAACCUUGCUUUCCUGGAAAGAUAACAAUUCUCAGUCUCUCAAAUGUCAAACCAUCUGAAGAUUCUAAUGUGGUUGGCAUUGUUCUUGCUGGUGAUUGAUUAUAUUAUAUUUACAAAAUAUGAAAAUGUUACAAACUAUGCCGCCUGAGAUGCAAGACAAAGUUGAUUUAUCAGUUUAUAUUUGAAUAAAAUAGCUUAGAGAUGUAUCUAGAUUUUAAAUUUUUCUUGAUUGGUUUAAUUUUAUGCUUUGAUCCAGCAUUAAAAAACGGAUCGAAUGUGUACCCAAAAUAAUUUGUCUAUAUUUGAGUGAGAUGUUAAAGUUGUCUGUAAUUACUCACAUUUAUAGUUCUUUCUUUGCA